AUGUAUUAGACAAGUUAGCUAAUUAACCGUAGACCCAACAUGAGAUAGUUAACUGGUAGGGCUCGUGACAUCUAAGAUGAUGACGACGAUGAUCCUGGCAUCUCUAGUUUUGCAAGAAGCAAAGUCGAUGAUGAUGAUGAAAAAUUCAAAAAUCAAAACACAGAUCCUGAUUUUCUUGACAGUCUAUUGAAAAAGAAGAGUAGAAAUGAUUCCAAAAUAGAUAAAUCCAACAAUAGCUCGAUUAUACCUAGUACACCUCCUCCUCAAAGUACAAGUAAAAAGGGCGAUCAAGAAAUAUCAAACACAGAUCCGAAGAAAGGAUAAACAUAAACACAGAAUAAUACAGGAAACAAGGACACACCCCAAUAACAAUAACAAUAAAAGUAAUCAUAAUAAACUCCUGCAAAACCUAACACUACUCAGCCAUUUCAAACUCCAGAUCCAAAAUAACCAUAAUCCUAAUAGAAGACUCCUGCAUAAUAACAAUCUCAAACUAAAACACCCCAAGCACAACCUCAACCAUCUUAGUAAUCAUAAACCCCGCAAUAAACAAAGACUCCUUAAUAAACUAAGACACCUCAAUAAUAACCCUCCUAAUCACAAACCCCUGUUACUAAUAAGACAUAAUAGAACCAAAAAUAAACUCCUACUCCUGCACCAAAGGAUAUCGUUGAUCCUGCAAAAUCAAUUUCAAACAAACCUUCUGCUUCAAAAGAAGAUCAAAAGAAUUAAUAACCCCCUAAAUUGGAAGAGCCAAGUAAGGUUGAAUAACCAGCCAAAGUAGAGUAACCUAAAAAGAAUGAAUAGCCUUCUAAAAAUGAUUAAUCCAACAGCAAAGGAAAUUAACAACAAUAACCUCAAUAAAAUAGAAUUGAUUAAGAUGACCAAGAGUAAGAAAAAGGACCAUAAGUUGCAGAAAACAGACCCAGUUUUGUAAGGAGAGGAAAGAAUACUUAGGUUGUCAAAGACAUUGCUAAGAAUAUCAAAACUAUGCCAGAUGAUAAGAUUCUAGCUUUGGAGCCCAAGAACAAUAUAGAAGUAAGCAAGAAGUUGUCAUUGAAAUUUGCACCAUAAAAAGAAUAUACAGAUCCAACAUUUCCUCCUAAUGAUUUGUAAGUGUUUCAAGUAUUUGGACAUGGCUAAGUCGAUUUCAAGAGGUACAAUCUUGGAAGAGAAUAAGAUACUCAUCAAGUAGUUGAUCCAAAUGAUAUACUGCCUGGAUAAUAAUCAGGUACUCUGAUGCAAGUAUUGGCUGCAAUUGCUGAAAAACCAUAAUUAAUAACUAGAAUUUUGGAAGAUCAAGUUAUUAAUGAAUUUGGAUUUUAUUAUGCUCGAUUAUGUAUAGGAGGAGUGUGGAAAUAUAUCUUAGUUGAUGACUUGCUCGGUUACUUUAAAGGAGAACCAGUUGGAGCAAGGACUACCAUUGAUAAUAAUAAAUUAAAAUCAUUACAAAAAUCCAAUCCUGGUUAUUAAUCAGAAAUAUGGCCCUUCAUUAUUGAAAAGGCAUUUGCAAAGGAAUAUGGAAGUUAUGAAGAUGCAUUUAAAAUUGCUACAGUGGCUGAUUUUCUUUAGGAAACUACAGGAGCACCUACUACUGUUGAAUAAAUAAAUGAAAAUGUUUUGAAAUCUUUGACUUCGAAUGAUGUCGCUUUGGUACACAUGCCUGAUGGAAUUUUUACAUUUUUGAAUUAAGAUGGCAAGGAUGUUACUUUACGUAAUCCUUGGGGUUGGAUAAGUAAUCAACCAAGUACAGCGUAACCAGAAGGGGAAUUCAAAGUACCCCUUAAGAGCAUUGCAGGUAAAUAAAUAACAAUUGCUAAAUGUGUGCCUAACAAUUACCAUAUCAGUUAUAAUUUGAAAACAAAUAAUGAUGCUUAUUCAUCCUUUUAUGUGGAAGUUCGUCAAGAUACUGUUGCCACAUUCAGGUUACAUUAAAGAGAUGAAAGAUAUUUUAGAAAUAACAUAUCUAAAAAAUAUGAUUAUUGUUAUGCUAGAUUAUUGAUUUUUGAUGGAUAACAAUAAUUGAUUGCUUAGGAUUACGGGCAAUUCAAAACAUUAAAUGUCAAUGUUGAAUUAUAAAAGGGCAAGUAUACUUUGGUAAUCCUUUUGGAUUUCUUAAAUGAAUAAUUAUACGAUAGCACAUUAACCUUUUAUGGAACUUAAUCAAUUGAAAUCAGCAGGAUUAAUUAUAGAGCAUAACCUAAUCUAUUGGCUUAAUUGUAUACUUAAGAGGCAAUUAGCAAAGGUUAAAGAAAAUAGAAUGGAUAAGUUGAGGAAUUUACUUUCGUUUCAGAUAACAAAUUGACUGUUUUGGCUUGGAAGUUUAAUGGCACUUAACCAAAUAAAUGGAGUAAAGACUUAAGCAAACAGCCAAAUAGAAAUAAUAUGAAACCAAUUACUUUUGUAAAUGCAGCAGACACCUAAUAAUUGAAAGUACUCACAACUGAGUAGAUAAAACAGUUGAAAUUGAGUAGCUGGUAGAAUGUACCUUCAUUCAAUAUUGAAUUCACUUAAUAAAACAACACUUAUGCAGUUGUAUUCAAGUGA